CAGUCCCUCUCUGCAGCAAUGUCUACAUUGUACGCCCUUCGGUCUAUCUUUUCCGAGCCUAUCUCUCCCGUUGUCCUCUUUCCUCUCGUUGCUGCCGGUGCAGCACUCAUCUGGGCACUAUGGAAACCCCGUCCGCUCGAUAGCAUCCCGACCAUUGGCCCUUCUGGCCCUCUCUCAUCUUACAUUGGCGCAUUCCAGUUCAUGUUUCGUGGCCGACAGAUGAUCCAAGAAGGCUAUGAGCGCUAUUACGGAGGCUAUUUCAAAGUUCCUAUCCUUGAUCGCUGGAUGGUGGUCGUCAGUGGUAAGAAGCUCUCGGACGAGCUUCGAAGCGCUCCAGAAGAUACGUUCUCCCUUGACCAAGCUCUGGUUGAUAUGCUUCACCUCGACUUUGUCUUUGGAAAGAAGGUCUAUCUCAACCCGUUACAUGUUACCCUUAUGAAGACGAAGAUGACGAAGACGAUUGCGGCCCUUACUCCUGACAUGUACGAUGAAUGUAUUCAAGCAUUCGAGCAGCACAUGCCCCUGGAUGACAGCAAAGAGUGGAAGGCUGUACCGGCCCUUGCUGUUGGUCGUCAGAUCUCCACCAUAGUCAACAAUCGCAUUGUGGUUGGGUACCCACUUUGUCGUGAUCCGGAAUACAUCAACCUGAAUCUGCGGUUUAUUGUCGACAUGUUCCAGUGCCGCAUGCUCUUCUGUCUGAUCCCUCGUUUCAUGGAGCCCCUUGUCGGCCGUAUCGCGACCAACAUCCCCUCACAAAUUCGUCUGGGUAUGCGUCUGUUGAAACCAGUCCUUGAUCGGCGCGUGAAGCAGCUUGAGGAAUCCGACGGCGACUGGUCGGCUCUCCCGAAUGACAUGCUGUCUUGGCUGAUCGCCACGGUUCCGAAGGACGAGACCUUGGACACGAUCACUCGCAGGCUUUUGGGGGUCAAUGUCGCUGCUAUUCAUACUAUCUCGCACACCUUCACCCACUCUCUUUUCUACCUCGCCGCCAAUCAAGAUUUUAUCCCCCCAAUUCGUGCCGAGGUCGAGAAAGCGGUCGCCGAGGAUGGCUGGACAAAGUCGGCCAUGGGUAAACUCUAUCUGCUCGACAGUUUUUUGAAGGAAGUCCUGAGGUUCAACGGAGCUCAAGCUUGGUCGCUGAAUCGGAUAGCCCUCAAGGAUUAUACGUUCUCCGAUGGCACCUUCAUUCCUAAAGGCACUAGCGUGGCCGCCUGUGCGACACCCGUGCACAUGGACCCCUCCGUGUAUCCUGAACCUGAAAAGUUCGACCCUUAUCGAUUCUAUAGGCUGAUGGAACGUGACGGGGAGGCUAAUCAGCACUUGGUUGUGAAGACCAGUCUCGAGUACCUGCCGUUCGGACAUGGCAGUCAUGCUUGCCCUGGACGCUUCUUCGCCGCAAAUCAGUUGAAGCUGAUGAUCGGUCACUUGUUGUUGAAUUAUGAUAUCGAGCUCGAGCAGCCUGGAGCCCUUCCAGAGCGGGUAUGGUUUGAGGCCGCAGUUCUCCCGCAUCAAACGGCGAAAAUCCUCUAUAGGAAGCGGCAAACUUAGCCUGCCUGUCUCUCCCGGAGCUCUGUAAUCUUCGUUGUUCUUCUGCCUUUCCAUCCUUUGGACAGGGCAGUCUUUCCAUGCCAUACUAUCAUAUCUAUCCCUUGUAUCUGUCUUCGCAUGCUUAGAGGUCGUGCGCGCUAGCUCCCGGGGACUUUGUAUUUAAAAUCGGGUAUUGUACUGUACUUCUUGGCACUAUUACGCAAAGCCGUCUUUACAAUUA